CAGCCCUUCUGGCCGGAGCUAACACUCAAUGGGGUGGGAGACUCAGCCGGGGGGCCACAGCCCUGAGCUGGGAUCGACGCUGCAUCUGCACAGGAACAAAAGUACCAUCCCUCCCAGUGAGAGAAUCCCCGGGGCAUGUCAUUUCCGAGCGAAGAGAAGGAAUUAGGACACGGACUGUGAGUGCAGGACUUGACUGGGAGUUCUCCACAGCUCCGCUUUUCCCCUCCCCUCUGUGCAUUGCCCCUGCUGCUCACUGCUGGUCUCUGAAGGAAGGGGGAAAUGAGGAGGUUAACUCGCAGAGCUGAGGGACUGUUGCUUGCUUCCCUCGCCUGUCUGGCUGCUCUGGUCUAUUUCUUCCAAGCUGACCUGGGACAUGUUAUCUGGGGCCAAAAGGACAGGCACCUGGAAGCGGAAUUCGAGGAUGGCAGAGCUGUGCAGGAGGACUCCAGCGAGCUGCUUGAUACCUUCGAUGAGAGGAGAUACCUCGAUACGAAACGCUGGAGACCUGGUGAAGACCCUUACAAACUCUAUGCCUUCAACCACCGAGAGAGUGGCAGAGUUCCCAGCAAUCGGGGGAUCAGGGAUACCAGACAUUACAGAUGCUCGAUGCAGCAGUACAGCGCUGACCUGCCUCCCACCAGCAUCAUCAUCACUCUCCACAACGAGGCCAGGUCUGCCUUACUGCGGACAGUACGAAGCGUGCUGAACCGGACUCCUGCUUACCUUGUCCAUGAGAUCAUUCUGGUCGAUGACUUCAGUGAGGACCCUGAUGAUUGCCAGCUGUUGACCAAACUUCCAAAGGUGAAAUGUCUGAGGAACACGCAGCGUGAAGACGCAGACCCAGAAUUGAGGUAUGGUUCUACAGGGCAUUCAGGAACCAAAACACAGCACCACUGCUACCCAGCUAUUAGACCACAGAGCUCUUCACCCUUCCUUACCCGGCAGCCACAAGGCCGUACUUUACAGUGA